AUGUCCAUCGAGCUCCACGGACACGCUAUCGCCCCUCUCGUGCGCCUCGUUGCGCUCGUAUGCAAGGAGAAGGACGUACCGUAUAAGCUUGUCAGCGUUGAAGUCUACAAGGGCGAGCAGAAGACACCCGAGUAUCGCGCGUUCCAGCCCUUCGGCCAGGUGCCGUAUCUGGUGAGCGCCUCCUCCUCGUCCGAUCCUCGCCUCCGUUCUCACAGCUUUGGCGCUUAUGUGCAUGGUACUCAGGGCCUCGUCCCGUCAGCCAGCGACGCCAAGGCCGAGGCGCUCUUCGAGCAGGCGUGUUCGAUCGAGACUGCUAACUUUGACCCAUUCGCGACGGGGCUUGCUUUCGAGAAGUUCGUCAAGAAACACAAAGGCCUGGAGCCAGACGAGGCGCGAGUCAAGCAGUUCAUCGCAACGCUCAACGAAAAACUUGACGCAUACGAGGUUAUUCUGUCAAAACAGGCUUACCUCGCUGGAGACAACGUAACCCUCGCAGACCUGUUCCACCUGCCGUACGGUACGAUCAUCGAGAAAGUCGGCGGAGACCUGAUCUCCUCCAGAUCAAACGUGUCUAGGGAUAGAAUUCUAACCCAAACUUCUGAUAUUGUGCACGGUCCGGCCGGGAGCCACUACUCCGAGCUCCGCCCUAACUGGAUGGACAUCGAGAAGUCGACGCUUGAAGCCGGGAGAAAUCCCUACUGGACCUUCCGUAUACAAUCGGGUUGCAUACUAUCAUGUCGUCUGCGGAAGGCGCUAAGAAGCGCAAAGUUCAGCACGCUUGUGUUAUGUGCCGUCGCAGGAAGGUUCAAUGUGAUGGCGAUAAGAACACGGAAAAGAAAUGCUCCACCUGCGUCGCAAACAACUUUGACUGCACCUGGGCCGAGCGGGCUAAACGGGGUAAAAGGAGAAGCAGGGUCACGAAAGCGUAUGUGGAGAGUCUAGAGAGCCGUUUAGAACAAAUGGAGAGACUUCUUGCGAAUGUUUAUCCUGGUGGGAUCACCUCCCAAGAACUUGAUAUCCACACCGAUCACGGGAACGCGCCGGAGACACAUAUAACUAGCGUUUCCCCUAGGCCCAUCGUUACUAGGAAGGCAAUGAUCGGUCCAGCGGCCUUGCGCUCAGAUGAUCCGACAUCUCCGUCCAACGGGCCCGAAUCGAGCGACGAGGAGGUGGAUACUUUCAAUCUCAAGCUCUCUGACAGCCUCCGCAACAUGACACUUAAUCCGGGUCAUCACCGCUUCUUUGGUAAAUCAAGCGGCCUGGCUUUUGUCCAACAGGCGAUAGACCUCAAGACUGAACACACUGGUGAACAAAGGCACAACAUGCGGGACAUAUUCUACCGCCGACGUUCUGAGUUCCUCAAUCGCUAUCUUGAGGAUAUUCCGAACCAGCCCGAUGAUCCUCCGUUCACAUUUCCAGAACCCGAUCUUGCACGUCAACUCAUAGACCUAUACUUCACAUAUACCAACUCCGUGUCGCCUCUGCUCCACCAACCCACGUUUGAGCGCAAGUACGCUGACGGAUUACACAUUCGUGAUCCGGCUUUUGGAGCUGUUCUCCUGCUCGUGUGCGCUGUGGCCGCGCCGUGGUGCGAAGACUCCCGGGUACUGUUGCCCGGAUCGGGAGCCGAACAUCACGCGGGAUGGCAGUGGUUCGAGCAGGUCCAGUCAGUGAAGAAGACGUUAUUGGGGCCUCCGUGUUUGGAAGACCUGCAGAUGCAUUGUCUAUCCUCCCUGUAUCUCCAAGGGACGUCGAGUCCCCAAGCGUGCUGGACUGUUGUAGGAAUCGGCAUUCGACUCGCUCAAGAUGUCGGGGCUCAUCGACGGAAGGUAUACAAUACCAGACUUACCGUCGAGGAUGAGCUGUGGAAGCGUGCAUUCUGGGUUUUGGUCACUCUUGACCGAACGCUCAGUGCUGGUUGGGGCCGACCAUGUGCAAUACAUGACGAAGACUUUGACGUCGAUCUUCCAGUGGUCUGCGACGACGAGUAUUGGGAACAUUCAGAUCCUGAACAGGCAUUCACGCAGCCACCGGAGCAUCCAUCGACGGCUGCGUUCUUCAUUGCUUUUAUCAAACUGACUCAGAUUCUUGCAUUUGCGUUGCGGACCAUUUACUCGAUCAACAAGUCUAAGAUGUCACUCGGCUUUGUGGGUCAGAAGUGGGAGCAACGUAUUGUGUCGGAGCUGGACUCUGCGUUGAAUGAGUGGUUUGACUCCUUGCCAGAUCAUCUGCGCUGGGAUCCGAACAUACAAGAUCCAAUCUUCCGCCUGCAAUCCUGCACGCUUUACGCGAG